CUUUCUCUUUUACACAUCCAUCCAUCCUCAUUAUGCCUCCCGCAAAGAAAUCCGUUGGCAAGAAGGUCGCCCCUGCUCCUUACCCCGUCAAGGGAAAGACUUCCUCCAAGUCUCCCGUCAACCCCUUGAUUGAGAAGCGUCCCAAGAACUUUGGCAUUGGUCAGGAUAUCCAGCCCAAGCGUGAUGUCUCUCGCUUUGUCAAGUGGCCCGCAUAUGUUCGUCUUCAGCGUCAGAAGAAGAUCAUCUACCAGCGUCUCAAGGUCCCCCCGGCUCUGAACCAGUUCACCCAGGUUUUGGACAAGAACACUGCCACCCAGCUCUUCAAGUUGGCUAACAAGUACAGACCUGAGACCAAGGCCGAGAAGAAGGACCGUCUCCGCGCCGCUGCUGCUGCCAAGGCUGAGAAGAAGGAGGUCGCCAAGACCGACAAGCCCGUUGUUGUCAAGUACGGUAUCAACCACAUUGUCGCCUUGAUCGAGGCCAAGAAGGCCCAGCUCGUCGUCAUUGCCGACGAUGUUGACCCCAUUGAGCUCGUCCUCUACUUGCCCGCCCUCUGCCGCAAGAUGGGUAUCCCUUACUGCAUCGUCAAGGGUAAGGCACGUCUCGGUACCGUCGUCCACAAGAAGACCGCCACUGCUCUUGCUUUCACCGACCUUAAGGAGGCUGACAAGGCUGAUUUCGCUAACCUCAUCUCUGCCGUCAAGACCAACUUUGGUGACAAGUGGGAGGAGCACAGACGUGUCUGGGGUGGAGGAAUCAACGGUCCCAAGUCUCAGGCCAAGAUGGCCAAGCGCGCUGCUUUGGCUGCCAAGGAAAUUGCUGCUCGCCAGUAAAUUCAUUCAUUUUUUUUUUCUAAACAAAAGAAAAAGGUUAAUUUUUGCUUAAUCAAUUUUAAUUUGAUUUCGCUGAUGUUGUAAAGAGAAAGAGACGGAAGACAAACUUGUAUUAUAUAAAUAAAAGGCUGGUACUAUUCGUCAA